AUGACCACCAGCUGCCUGACCGUUUUCCCAGUCCCGGCCGCAACCCCGGUGAGCUCUCACCUGCCAAAGAUGUCUCCUUUUGCCUUCAUCACCAUUGUUCUUCACCUUGCCUGCCUUUUCAUCGCCCAGCGCCUUCACCCCGAGCCGAUUGACGACCCUGACCGGGACGCGGAUUUUCCAUUUGCACAUGUGGCCGCGCGGGAUAUCGUGGCCGUGGAAGUGUUCCAGGCAUUAAGAUUCGUGCUCGGUUAUGUACCAGCGGACCAAAGCAUUGGAAUUAGGAGGGAACGGCAGAAUAGGAAAUCUACAUGCCAUCCAUCACUGAGCGCGAUUGCUGCAGAGCGAAGCAAGAAUCAAGAGGUGGAGAAGAUGUCCGCUGAAAUCGAAGACGAUGGGGACGUACUGUUCCACAAACAAGCCCCAACGCCUGCGGCUGGGAAGGCUGCCGCGGGGAAGAAGGUAGAGGGGCAGAUCUGCUACGCCGACGGAGCGAAACCAGUGCUGGAGGCCACGCCGCUUUCAAUGGCGGAGCAAACAGUACAGAUCGGUGGAGGAUGCAGGCCUACAGAGCAGUAUUUCCAUAGUUCAUUGCAGGUAUUUCAUCUACCUCAAGACAGCGGCAAAGAGGCUCAAGUACAACAGGCAUUACCAGAAGAUCUGAAAAUGCUGUACAGUACUAUGAAACUAGGUCUGCCUGCAGAAAUCAAUGUAGAGUUCCAAGCUACAUACCAAAUAAAGAUCUGCUCAUUUGAAGCGAUUCCUCAGAUCAGCAAUAGGGCAACCAUCGAAGGUAAAGGAACUAGACGAAGCACAAUUGCAAGAUGUUCCUCAGGCGAAGCAAAAGGAUUUCAGCAAAAGUUCAUGGAUUCAAUGACAGUGGAAGCAAAGCUGCAGGUACAGAGCCAGAGCCACUCGCAAUCGUGCCAGUUUCAAGCUCCAUCCCAGAUGAAGAAUUCAGUCCUGGAGUUGCGGAUGACAAUGUGCAAACCUGAAGCUGAUUCUGGUUGA